UGGGUGUGGGUUUGUUUCUGCAUGUAGAGCGAAUCACUAGGGUAUCAGGCGUGGUGUUCUUGCGCUGGAGCUAGCUGCCGGCUUGGCUCCGGGCGCCCUGGCAGUGAUCAGUGGCACAGCGGGCAACUAUUCAAAAUCUUGUUCGCUCGUCACGGCGCGAUCCGGUUUGGCAGCGAAUUCGUUGGAAUCGCAAGGGUGUUUUCUUGGAUUUCGAUGAUCCGGCCGGCAACGGCGGCAUUUCAUCUUGAUCCUGAUCCCGGGCGGCGGUUUCUGUGAGAAAUAUCGCGGGGGAGGCGCUGAGAUCAUCGUGAAGGGCAGGAGCGAGUGAGCGAGCGAUCGAGCUAGCGGAGGGGCGCAGGCACAGGGUUUUAGGAAAUAUUGGAUGAGAAUGCAGGUGGAUUUCGAUCCGGACUACGGCCACACCAUGGCUCAGGUCGUCUACUAUCUCUCUCGAAAUGGCAAGGUGGAUUCGCCUCACAUGAUCGAUGUCGCGUUUCACGCUCCGGGGCUUCGAUUGCGAGAUGUGAAGUUUAGAUUGACGGCGUUGCGCGGAUGCAGGAUGCCAGUGAUGUAUGCGUGGUCUUUCAAGAGAAUUUACAAAAAUACGAGUAUCUGGCAAGAUGUCUCUGAUGACGAUUUUGUACUGCCUGUGGCUUCUGGAGAAUACGUCCUCAAGGGAUCAGAAAUCGUCGAAAAGCAAGUACCAAAAUGUAAGCAGCCGGGCGAAGUACUUCAGAGGAAGUAUAGGGGAGCGGAGUCUUGGCUUACAGCUAUAGACAGCACCUCGGCAAAUACGUCGAAACCAGAGCCCAAUUCCUUCUUGCCGCUCGCGGUGAGAAGAUCUUACGAGCAGCCGGCUUGUAAGCAAAAGACGGUUUUGGACAAUGGUUUUCCGGAGGACAAACUUAGCGAUGGGAUUGUGGAUACUGGGGUGAGGCAUUCAACGGGAAGCAUUCUCCAGGAAUCCACCUUUAAUGAGUUGAAAGUCUACACCAUAAAGACGCCGGCGGUAAUCGAUCAGGGGUGCGAUGCGACUACUCAAACUGAAGAACAGCGAAGAAAAAUGGGCCAGGCUUCUACCGCUACUGCAACAAGCUUUGACUCGAGAAUGCCAGGACAGGAUACUAAAGUUCCGAGGCAGCAGAAAUUGGCACCGGACGAGGUGGUUCUUGGUGUCGAUGCUUCUUCGUCGCCCCCGGGAGCUAAGAAACAUGGGAAGUCCAAAAGGUUUGUCCCGCAUGACAAGGAACCAGAGCAUCUCAGGCUGAAGACGAAGAAUGGCUCAUCGUCUUGGGUGUUUCUACACGUCUUGUCGUAUUGCGGGGGUCUUAAUACGAAAGAUCAGGCAGUGAAUCCACCUCUGGCGGCCUCCAAGGACGUUUCAUCGGAGUACUCUCCCGAUGAGCACAGUAGGGACUUGCGAGCAGAUGGAGACAAUCUUUUCUUCAGUGACACCUCCAGAGAGACGCAGCAGUCCACUACGGGCGAUAGCUUUAAUUCCUCCGAUGCGUCUGAGGAAGGCCGAGUUCAUAAGGUGCCGGCUCUUGUAGAUGUGAAGGAGAUCCUGAAGCCAACAUCUCCAUCGCGGGGUAGAGGCUUUUCCUUGCUCGGCAGGCAGUAUGGGAGACUGUCGAAAUCCGGGACCUAUUGCUCGAGGAACGUCAAAUACGACCUGAGCCGGGGAAAUGGGCCGCUCAAGUUGGAGCUCAGUUGCUACAGCGCAGAGUGACGAGGUUUUCUGUCCAGCAUUAAGGUACUCCUGAUUGUUAGCCUUGCUUGCUACCUUUAGGUAGAUGAGAGGAGCCUUCCCGUCCUCUUUGCAGUUACUAACAGGAACAGUAGAGUUCCUUCAGCAACUGAGCAGAGGACUCUCCUCUCUCCUGUUGUUUCCCAAAGUUGAAUCAUCAUAUCCAGCUUCAGGUUGACGUGAAAAA